GCGGGCGGGAGGGGAGGAGUGGAGAUGGCGGCUGCGGCGGCGGCUCAGGGGGGCGGGGGCGGGGAGCCCCGGGGAGCCGAGGGGGUCGGCCCGGGGGUCCCCGGGGAAGUGGAGAUCGUCAAGGGGCAGCCGUUCGACGUGGGCCCGCGCUACACGCAGCUUCAGUACAUCGGCGAGGGCGCGUAUGGCAUGGUCAGCUCGGCCUAUGACCACGUGCGUAAGACCCGCGUGGCCAUCAAGAAGAUCAGCCCCUUCGAGCACCAGACCUACUGCCAGCGCACGCUGCGCGAGAUCCAGAUCCUACUGCGCUUCCGCCACGAGAACGUCAUCGGCAUCCGGGACAUCCUCCGCGCGCCCACCCUGGACGCCAUGAGGGAUGUCUACAUCGUGCAGGACCUGAUGGAGACUGACCUGUACAAGUUGCUCAAAAGCCAGCAGCUGAGCAAUGACCACAUCUGCUACUUCCUCUACCAGAUCCUGCGGGGCCUCAAGUACAUCCACUCGGCCAAUGUGCUGCACCGGGACCUGAAGCCCUCCAACCUGCUCAUCAAUACCACCUGUGACCUUAAGAUCUGCGACUUUGGUCUGGCCCGCAUCGCAGACCCUGAGCACGACCACACUGGCUUUCUGACGGAGUACGUGGCCACACGCUGGUACCGGGCCCCAGAGAUCAUGCUGAACUCCAAGGGCUAUACCAAGUCCAUCGACAUCUGGUCUGUGGGCUGCAUCCUGGCUGAGAUGCUCUCCAAUCGGCCUAUCUUCCCUGGCAAGCACUACCUGGACCAACUCAACCACAUUCUAGGUAUCCUGGGCUCACCGUCCCAGGAGGACCUCAACUGCAUCAUCAACAUGAAGGCCCGCAACUACCUGCAGUCGCUGCCCUCCAAGACCAAAGUGGCCUGGAACAAACUGUUUCCCAAGUCAGACUCCAAGGCCCUUGACCUGCUGGACCGGAUGUUAACCUUCAACCCCAACAAGCGGAUCACGGUGGAGGAAGCGCUGGCUCACCCCUAUCUGGAGCAGUACUAUGACCCAACAGAUGAGCCUGUGGCCGAGGAGCCCUUCACCUUCGACAUGGAGCUGGAUGAUCUCCCCAAGGAGCGGCUGAAGGAGCUCAUCUUCCAGGAAACGGCCCGCUUCCAGCCUGGGGCCCCGGAGUGCCCCUAGCCUCCCUCCAGACUUCCCUGUGUGCCCCCUGGGAGGGGGCGGGGAAAACCUGGUGAGUGUCCCCCUACUGUGUAUGCGU